CUCCUUCCUGAUUUGACUUGCCAGAUCAGAGGAGCCAGCCACUGGAUUUGGGUUAAAUUAUCGUGAGCGGAUACAGGUCCGUAUUAGCAUUUUACUUUGCAAACCACAAGCUUCAAGUAUCUCCCUCCCGGCUAUUACUCACAUGUUGAGUGUUCACUCCUCGACACCUAUUACAGUAGGUAGGGUCUUGGGGGAAAUCAGGAGUUUGGGUGAGACUUUUUCCCAGCGAGAAUCUUUUUUAAACUCGAUCUUGGCACAGGUAGAUGUGCUUGCUCAUAGCACUCGAAGAGCUCAUUAACAUUCACGUUGGGAUAUUUCGUCUUGGGGUUUAUAAAUAAGGUAAGUGGGAAUUACCUCAACUCCAUCACAGCACCAGGAAGAGGAAGGAGGGCAAGAAGAGCUGUUAGACUCUGGUAGUGUUGGCGGGUGCUAUGUCAUUCGGCGGGUGUUGCCUUCCACCAGCAGGAGAGUGGGUGGCUGCUGCUCUGGACGCCGCCUGUGUUAGCUCCGGCGGAGGGAGCUCCAAGGGCUUCCUGGCUGUUGCUUCUCGUCAACACCUUUGGGCUGCCGGGCGACGCCAGGGCCGACCCCGUAAGGGGGCUACGCAGCGAGAGGUUACGGAUGGCUGACUUCGAUACCCCAAGCGCGCGGGCUCUCUCCGAGUUUGCAGAAGAUUUAUUACAGAAACUUCAGGUACACUUCCAAGCUCUGACUGAGACAAUAACUCUCAAAAUGGAAGAAAUGGGGAAUCGGAUUGAUGACUUACAGAACAAUGUAACUGAUCUCAUGGUAGAAGCAGGGAUCCAAAAUACAGACAAAGAGCAAAUGAUCUGAAUUAAUGUAACGAUGAAAAAUGCGGAGUGUAUUCUUUAUGGAUAAAGAUUCUGCUGCACAGAAGCCGUUCCUAACAAGAGAAAUUUUGUCAAAAUAAUUUGAAAAAAUUAAGCAUACAAUGUGAUAGGUAAUAUUAUAAUUUUAAAUGUAUGUUUGUUUCAGAAACCAAUUAGAUUUAUCUGUAGAAAUUUGGUUCUUAGAAUACCUUUAAGAUUGAUAAGAAUGUUCAUAAAAAUGUAAUUCAGGGGCAGCUAGGUGGCGCAGUGGAUAGAGAACUGGCCCUUGAUUCAGGAGGAUCUGAGUUCAAAUCCAGCCUCAGACACUUAACCCCAAUUGCCUCACCAAAAAAAAAAAAAAUUAAUUCAGGGAGUACUUUAAUCAGCUCAUAAAUAUUUUGAUCAAAGAUGUUAAUAUUUGAAAUUCACACAAUGCUUAAAAAUGUGCAAGUGCUUUUGAUAUGUGGGAUCACAUUUGUUCCUCAUCAUAAUCCUAUGAGGGAGGUACUGCAGGUAUAAUUAUACUUAUUUUACAAAUGAGGAACUUGAAGGAAACUUCUAUGUCAUUAUUGCAAAUGGACCCUUAGCCCCUGGAAGAGGUUCUUCUUCUUUUUUUUGGUGAGGCAAUGAGAGUUAAGUGAUUUGCCCGGGGUCACACAGCAAUAGUAGGUGUCAAGUGUCAGUCUGGAUUUGAACUCAGGUCUUCCUGAAUCCAGGACUGGUGCUGUAUCCACUGUACCACCUAGCUGCCCCGGGUUAUUAUUCUUAAAUGAGAUACCCAGUCUGUUAAAAAUGGAUGUUCACUUUUAUCAUAUGGUAUAACACCUUUACCUUUGGUUUAAUACUUAUGAUAAUUCAAUUCUAAUUUUCUGGGGGGAAAUCUUGAAGAUUUUGAGUUAUAACUUACCAGCUUACCAUAUAAAAUGUCCAGAAGCUUCAAGGAAUCACCUGAACAAGUGAAAUAGCACUUACUGGUCUAUCUAGUGAUUCUGAAACAAAUAUUUUGUUCAUUUUGGGCUGUCAGAAAUGUAAUGGCGUCUUUAAAAAAGAAUCUGCCAAAUCAAGCCAACCUCCUAUUAUAUAUAGGCUGACAUUCUACAUCUCCUCGUUCAUUCAUCUAAACUCAACACACCCACUUUUGUGGGAAAUCCAGUAGGAUAAUUAUCUGAAAUUAUACAAUGGUAUUCCUUUUUACUAAUUCUCUUCUGACUUUUCUACAGUAAUUGUUUUUCCUAACAUCCUAUUAUAAUAAAGAUUAGAAUGUCCUCUUUUAAGCAUGAGAACAUAUAUAAUGCAUGAGGUUUAAAAAUUUUUUAAGCAUCCUAGAAAUUCUUAUCACCAGAUUUACUUUAACUGCUAAGCUGAACACAAGUUUCAAGUAUGAAUUUAUAGCAUACCCAAAUAGAAUAUAUCCAUUUCAACAUAAAAUAACAUUCAUACCUUUAAAUGAAAGUAUCUUAGUUUUUCCAAAUGUGUUCAAGUACUGAGUCUUAGAUAAAAUUUCAAGUAACAAAAAAAUAUUUUUUUUUCUGAAUAGUUUUAUGUUCAGAAGAAUUUGGAAGUCAGAAAUUCUGGUUCCAUUCCAGAAAUACCUGGGGAAAUUGGUGGAAACAACUGGAAACAAACAUCCGCAAAGUCAGUUUCUGAAGUUAUAAAAUGAAGGUGUCCCCCCCAGACUGUCUUGAAAACUAGUUCAUUUACAUAGUAAGGACCAUUUAAAAUUUCAAAGAAAUUUGCCACCAGUAUAUCUUCAUAAGUAGGAGUAAGAACUGAGAACCCCCCUUUUCUUUUUCUUUUUUUUUUUUUGGUAAGGCAAUUGGGGUUAAGUGACUUGCCCAGGGUCACACAGCUAGUAAGUGUUAAGUGUCUGAGGCCGGAUUUGAACUCAGGUCCUCCUGAAUCCAAGGCCGGUGCUUUAUCCACUGCGCCACCUAGCUGCCCCAAGAACCCCCUUUUUCAAUAAGGGUUAUGAAUAAGGGUUAACAGAACUGCCUGAGAAAUAUGGUUCCUGAAUUAAAAAUGGCUAUGUUGAUGUCUUCAACUUUAAAUCCUUUAUAGGUUUAUUCCAGAAGAUAAAGAUUAAUUUAGUACAUGUAAAGUGGGAAUGUUUCUAAUUUUGAAUAACUUCAGUUAAAUGUGAAAAUGGCACACACAUAUUUCAAAAAUCAGCUAAUUAUUGAUUUUUUUAAUGGUAUUUACAAAAAUAGUGCAGGGAAAAAUAUAAUUUGUACUAAGUACAUUAUUCUUUCUUAGUAACAGUGUUGCUUUAUGUUUUAAUGUUUGUAAUAAUGCAUAUUUGCUUUGUACUUACUUUAUAAAGAAAUAAAAUUGAGUUUUACUUAACUUUUGUUAUCUGUCAUUAUCAAAGUAUAUGGACUAGCCUUUAAAAACUUUAC